GAGACGAAUUGUCCAGGUUCAUAUAACGAGAACCAAGAUAUCUCUUUUGUUUCCAGUCUGAAAGAAUCUCCGAAACAAUUCUCAUUGCUCAGAAUUACCCAAUUGUCGUCAUCAUGAUUGUCGCAUAUCCCAUGAUUUUAUUUAUCAUCAAUGCAAUUGUACUGGAGAGUGCGUUCGGCUCUAGCAUUGUUCAUCGCAGACGUCCACUGAAGUUUUCUUACGUAAGGGAUACUGCCGCUGCUGCAAGUGAUGGAGCAACGAGAAUUAAUAAACGAGUAGAAGCUGGUGGUGGAGAUGAUCACAAAGAGGAACAUUAUGAGACCUCUAGAGAGAAGGAUGAAGAGGGCUACAAGGCUCAUCACGAAUUGGAGAAAGCUGAAAAGGGUCAUCAUGACAAGGACAUCCAUAAGAAGGAUUACGACGAACAAGUCGGGCGUGAGAGGGAGAAACAUGAGGAGGAGAAGCACUAUGCUGAGCAUCACAGUGGCGAAAAGGGGGAGAAGGAAGCCACAUUCGAGGAGAAUGGUAAACACAAUAAGGGCCACAGUACCAAGGGACAGCAUAACAUCUUCAAGAAGGAUGAGUAUGAGAAAAAGCAUGAUUUUUAUGAUGAGUAUCAUGAGAGCGAUGAAGAGGAGAAGCAAGGCGGAUAUCUGCAGAAACAUGAAGGGGAGAAGGGAGGGAUGCAUCAUCAGGGUCAACGUUCUGGUGGAGGAAAUGAGCACCAGCAUGGCAGCAAGAAGGGCCACAAAUCUGGUCAUCACCAUUCUGACGACAAAGGUCACAACGCUGCGGAAGGCCAUUCGAAGCAUCAUAAACAUGGUGAGAAGCAUGGCUCGAAGAGUGGACAUGCGGAGGCCAAGAAAUGGGUCCAUAAGAGUGGAGGGCGAUAGGUCUCUUUGGACACUAACAACAAAAUAAAGAAUUUAUAACUGUUGUAACACUAGAUCAGAUUAUAUUAAAUUAUUUCAUUUUAU